CUUGGGGCUCCCUCAGCUGGCACUCCUGGAUAUGCCGCCCGUCGUCAAAAAUGGAGAAGAUACGGAGGCUAGCGUUCGUGCUGCUAACUGUCUUGCAGGUUGUUGUAUCUCUCCCCUUCCAAGGAGACGACAACUCUGAACAUCUAAGCCAAGAAGUUGUCCAGGCGCCCUCCUUGCAGCUUCAUGCUCCUCAAGAAGCUGGCGGUGCGGCUUUGGUCCUUCCGCAGCGUACCGAGACUCUCAGGCAAGCGGCCAGCACCCCUUUGCCAGUGACGGAACGAGCUUGGGACGCUCCUCGGCCUAGAGACGCUUUCACCUCUCGCGCCAAGGUCAUCACGAGCUUUGGUCCAUCUGGAACGGUCCAGAUCCUCGCCAGCACAAAGACGCCAGCCCCCGGCAUCACCCCAUCCGCUCUCGAGACGCUAGGGCAUGUUACCUCGGUGCCAAUCUUGACGAGCCCGAUCCCCAAGCCAACUUCGCUGCUCCCUGUGGCUUCAAUCUUGGUGAGUUUGCAGGCCACGGCGUCGAUCGCUAUCAAAAUGGCGGCCCAGGACAUUUUCGCCGAUCCCAUUUCCACAGAUGCGCCACCCGCAAACAUCGGCAGGAAGCAGGACCAUCCGGCGCCGAGGCUGGGCAUCGCGAAGAACGGCCCGAUUGAGACCAACAAGUUCUACGCGAAUUUCUUCCUGGGCAACCAGACCUCGCCGACGUACUUGCACCCGUACGCGGUGUCCUGGGCGCGGGGCCAGGGGGCGUCAGCGAGCUGGGGCCUGGCUAUUUCGCAUGUGGAGGGCAGUCAGAGGGUCUACGGCCAGACCAGCCCAGAAACGGGCGCCGCGGCGUACUUCAUCAACCCCAUCGGCAUUCAGUCCGUCUGCCUUUCGGCGAAGGAACUGGGAACCGACACGGCGCUGACCACGGAGUCGCUGACCGACUUCUCCGUCCAAGUCAGUCUGCGACCGAACGCACAAGCCGGUGCCGCGGUGCAGUUCCCGUUGGUCCAGGGCUCGGCGUUCAUCACUGCCAUCUACAAUGGGGCUUCUCCAGUGAUCCAGACAGGCGUCUUCUUCAGGACCGUCACCCGCACCACCACGGAUCCGAAGCCUGGAGUCACCAAGUACAAGCUCCACCUCGAAGACGGCAGGACCUGGUUGGUGUAUGCAUACCACACGCGAGGAGACCCGCUGGAUCUUGAAGUGGUCAACAACGGGUUCGCACAAGCCAAGGGGCCGUUCUACGGCAUCAUCCAGGUUGCUAAGGACCCUGGGAAUGGCGAGGCGGUGUACGACCAGGCGUGCGGUGCGUAUCCCACCGGCAUCGAGCUGUCGGGGUCCGUGGACGACAAGACGGGGACGUACAAGUUCUGUUUCCAGAAGGCCGGCAUGCCCGCGACGACGCUCGCGAUGUUCGCGCUGCCUCACCACCAGAGCUCGUUCGACGCCGCCACCCGGAGCAAGGUGACCGGCGUGCUGCUGCAGACCACGACUAAGGGCAUGGCUGCCGCAGUCGUCGCUGAUUCAUGGACCAUGGUCGAGUCGAACCUGCCGACCAACGUGGGCUUCUUGCCCUGGUCGCCGCAGGCCGGGACUGUCACCGCCAUCUCCGACGCGACCAAGCGAUUCAUCCACAACAUCUCUCAGCAGGAGACGUCGCAGGAUAUCCUGCAGCAGACGAACCAGGACUCGAUGUAUUUCAACGGGAAGGCGCUGGCCAAGUUUGCUAGUCUCAUCUUGGCGGUCCAGGAGCUGCUGGGAGAUCAGGAGUUGGCCCAGGCCGGACUGAACAAGCUGAAGGUGGCCUUCGCCCGCUUCGUACAGAAUGCGCAGCAGUACCCGCUUGUGUACGAGAGCGCGUGGGGAGGAGUGGUAUCGUCGGCGACGUACGUGACAGGCGACACGGGUAUGGACUUUGGCAACACGUAUUACAACGACCACCACUUCCAUUACGGCUACUUCAUCUACACGGCCGCCGUCAUCGGACACCUCGAUCCGUCGUGGAUCGGCCCCAACAAGGCCUACGUCAACAUGCUCGUCCGCGACGUCGCCAACCCCAGCACGCGGGACCCGUACUUCCCCGUCUGGCGGUCCUUCGACUGGUACCACGGCCACAGCUGGGCGCACGGCCUCUUCGACACGCUCGAUGGCAAAGACCAGGAGUCCAGUUCCGAAGACACCAUGCACGCGUACGCCAUCAAGAUGUGGGGCUCCGUCUCUGGCGACAAGAAGAUGGAAGCUCGCGGCAACCUGAUGCUCUCAGUCCAGGCCCGGUCGAUGCAGUCCUACUACCUCUACACGGCAUCCAACACGGUCGAGCCGCCCGAAUUUAUCGGAAACAAGGUGGCCGGCAUCCUGUUCGAGAACAAGAUCGACCACACGACCUGGUUCGGCACCAACAUCGAGUACAUCCAGGGCAUCCACAUGCUGCCGCUGCUGCCGCACACGCCCUUCAUCCGCACCCCCAAGUUCGUCGCCGAGGAGUGGGCCACCUACUUCAGCGGCGGCCGCGCCGAGGCCGUCCAGGGCGGCUGGAAGGGCAUCCUCUUCGGCAACUACGCCACGAUCGACCCCCGCGGCGCCUACACCUUCUUCAGCCAGCCAAAUUUUGAUCCGAGCUGGCUCGACGGCGGCGCGAGCUUGACCUGGUACCUGUGCUACUCUGCCGCGCUCGGCGGGCUGUGAAGGAGUGAGGUGGGUUCAAGUUCCCUGUAAACAGCUGGUUUGCGUAUUCUUCGUCUCUAGCGUUUUGUUGGGAUACUGGUUGGUUGUGGGAUAUUGGGGCGUGGUCAAAUCCUCAUUCGCUGGCAAGGAGUCGUGGCUCUGGCAUCUGGCAAGAUGACAACAUGACUUAGCCACUUUCUUGUAUAUGACUUGGAAGACAACACAUCCCUUGUUCUCCUGGGGGGCAUUAAUAACGAAUACACUUCCCUAAUACCUCGCCGACAGUCUCGCUUUCCGCAAAGGAACCAGAUCCCGCAUUUCAGGGUCCUGGUUAGCCACAACGUGUCUGCUGAGGGUGGAAUUUACAGUUCAAUCUCGG